AGGGGCUGGAGCGGAUUCGAGAUCGCUCAGACGCCGCGCUGGGUGGGGAUUGGUCCACGCGCCCCUGCUUCAGCUUCUCGCAGUUCGCGGCCGCCGCUCGCCGCACACCUGUUCGCUCAGCCCACCCGGCGGCGCGGGGAUUCUCUGCAGUGCUUCCUCCCGCCUGCCGGUCCGCAGGGCGGGGAGAAGGGUUGAGCCGUCCCGCCUCCGGCUCCCAACGGGAACCCAAGUCUCACUACUGAGCCGUCGCAGGGCGAGAUGAGCGCGGACGCGGCGGCCGGGGCGCCUCUACCCCGGCUCUGCUGUCUGGAGAAGGGCCCGAACGGCUACGGCUUCCACUUGCACGGGGAGAAGGGCAAGGUGGGCCAGUUCAUCAGGCUUGUGGAGCCCGGUUCGCCAGCCGAGAAGGCGGGGCUGCUGGCCGGAGACCGGCUGGUGGAGGUGAACGGCGAGAACGUAGAGAAGGAGACCCACCAACAGGUGGUGAGCCGCAUCCGCGCGGCGCUCAACGCCGUGCGCCUGCUGGUGGUCGACCCCGAGACCGACGAGCGGCUGCAGAAGCUGGGUGUCCAGGUCCGGGAGGAGCUGCUGCACGCCCAGGACGGGCCCGGGCAGGCCGAGCCGCCGGCCGCCACCGAGGCGCAGGGGGCUGGUGGCGAACAUGAGCCGCAGGCCGCCGCGCCGGAGCCGCACGAAACCGAAAAGAGCCGUCCGGAGCGGGUGACCACAGAAUCGGAUUCCCCCAGAUGGUGA